UCCCAAUCGAACCCGCCCUCCCCUCGCCCCAAACCCUCGCCCAGCUCGCCGCCGCCGCCGCCGGCCGCCGUCUCCGCCCGACCGGCCGCCAUGGCUCGUAACGAGGAGAAGGCGCAGUCCAUGCUUAACCGCUUCAUCACGAUGAAGCAGGAGGAGAAGCGCAAGCCCCGGGAGCGGCGGCCCUACCUCGCCUCCGAGUGCCGCGACCUCGCCGACGCCGAGCGCUGGCGCUCCGAGAUCCUCCGCGAGAUCGGCGCCAAGGUCGCCGAGAUCCAGAACGAGGGCCUCGGGGAGCACCGCCUCCGCGACCUCAACGACGAGAUCAACAAGCUCCUCCGCGAGCGCGGCCACUGGGAGCGCCGCAUCGUCGAGCUCGGCGGCCGCGACUACUCCCGCAGCUCCAACGCGCCGCUCAUGACCGACCUCGACGGCAACAUCGUCGCCGUCCCCAACCCCUCCGGCCGUGGGCCCGGGUACCGCUACUUCGGCGCCGCCAGGAAGCUCCCCGGCGUGCGGGAGCUCUUCGACAAGCCGCCUGAGACGCGAAAGCGCCGCACCCGAUACGAGAUCCACAAGCGCAUCAACGCCGGGUACUACGGGUACUAUGACGACGAGGACGGCGUGCUGGAGCGGCUUGAGGCCCCUGCCGAGAAGCGCAUGCGGGAGGAGGUCGUUUCAGAGUGGCACCGCGUGGAGCGUGUGCGACGCGAGGCUAUGAAGGGGGUUGUGAGCGGCGAGGUGGCUGCUGCAGGUGGGCGCAGUGGGGAGGCUGCUAGGGAGGUGCUGUUUGAGGGGGUGGAGGAAGAGGUUGAAGAGGAGAGGAAGCGUGAGGAAGAACAGAGGGAGAGGGAGAAAGGGGAAGAGGCUGGGAGGGAAUUUGUCGCACAUGUGCCACUACCUGAUGAGAAGGAGAUUGAGCGCAUGGUCGUAGAGAGGAAGAAGAAGGAGCUGCUUAGCAAGUAUGCAAGCGAUACCCUUCAGGUCGAGCAAGAGGAGGCCAAGGAGAUGCUCAAUGUGCGACGCUAGAAAAGAUGGUUGGCCCAUUGCCUCAUUGGUGGAUUCUUCAUGGUUUGAAGCUGAGCACUGAAGUGCACUAAGGAACAACGUUUCAGUGGCUUGGCAUCGAUGCUAACCUGGAAGAUAUCUGGUGUAAAAGGAAAGAGGUUUGCUUGAAUUUGCAUCGGUCUGUUUAAUCAGCCUGGGUGACGACUGGUGCCUGGUGGCAAGUUGAUGAAGGCUAAACACCGGUGGUAGGAGCGCCGUUGAUGUGAGGCUGUGAGCACAGUGCGGUGUAACUGUUAUUAUCAUGUACUUAAACCAGUGGCUGCGCUGAUUGAUCUUUAGAAUUUCCGUGUACAAGCGAAUCGGAUGCUAUCAUCUACAGUAACUGUUUUCGCCCGGUUGUGCACAUCGUAUGCAGAUGCACUCUCUGGAAGCAUCAUAGAAAAUUUCAGUGAAACAAGGGAAUCUGAUGUUAUCAUAUUAUUUCAGUCUCA